AUGGCCGAGGGAUUCGAGCCCUACCACGUCCCACAGCAGAGCCGCCGGGAAAAACUCCGGGUGAGCACCACCCACCACCACUCGCCACCGCCCGCGGCGUCCUGCUCUGCCGACGCCUUCCACCCCUGCACCGCCCUGUUCCCCCUCUACGACCCCUCCCUCAUCCCCCCCGAUCUCAUCUCCUCCGCUGCCGGCGUCAAGGCGGAGGGCUCGAGUCUGAUGGCCUUCCUCGGCGGCGGCGCUGCAGCGUUCGCCGAUCCGCCCACCGGAACCGGCCAAAGCCUGUCCCUUUCCCUAUCCUCGAGCCACGGCGGUGGCGGCAACCCGAACCUCCCCCUGGAGCUCAAUCUGCAGAGGUACGAUUUCGGGCCCUGCAGGGCCGGGUUCGGCCCGAUUGAGUUCUCGAAGAGUAUGGUGCCUUUAGGGCCCUUCACCGGUUACGCUUCUGUCUUGAAGGGGUCGAGGUUCUUAAGUCCCGCCCAGCAGCUGCUGGACGAGCUCUGUGAUAUGGGUCGGGCCGUGUAUUUGGAUAAAACCGGGGCUGACCCAGGAUUGCUUGACCCUCCCCUGCUGGAUAACUCUAUCGGGGAUGGCAUUAUGGAUGAUAGCAGCGGCGGUGAUGGGGGCGAGCAAACGAGGAAGAAAUCGAGACUGCUUUCGAUGCUCGACGAGGUUUAUAAGAGAUACAAGCAAUAUUACCAACAAAUGCAAGCUGCUGUAGCCGCAUUCGAAUCGGUUGCCGGUUUAAGCAGUGCAGCACCUUUUGCUAACCUAUCCUUAAAAGCAAUGUCCAAACACUUCACAUGUCUAAAGAACGCCAUAACCGACCAGCUGUCAAAAUCUCAUGACAAGAUAUUCUCCGAUCGAGACGAAAGUACUCAAAGGCUCGAAAAUUCGGGAAAAAGUGCUUAUUGCACGAGAUCAUUUCACGGCGGUGCUGGAUAUGUGGACCAGCCGCCACCCGUGUGGCGCCCACAAAGAGGUCUUCCGGAACAUGCUGUCACAGUCCUCCGAGCAUGGUUGUUCGAACAUUUUUUACAUCCUUACCCGACCGAUACUGACAAGCUAAUGCUGGCAAAACAGACGGGAUUAUCGAGGAAUCAGGUCUCGAAUUGGUUUAUAAACGCAAGAGUAAGGCUGUGGAAACCGAUGGUAGAGGAGAUUCACAUGCUCGAGACACGUCAGCAGGGCCAAAACUCAUCUUCAAAAUCCGAGCAAUCUCCAAACAACAGCAAUAAUAAUGCCCAUAUGCCCACGACCCGCCCGAUUGAAUUCGACAGCCCAUACCCACCCGGAUUCCCUUCCAAACGUACCAGAGAAGACCCGACUAAUACUCCUCGAUCAAAAAACCCCGGGCCCAUCAAAUUGCCUUACGACAACUUUAUGCCGAAUAAUGACAUUAACAGCAAUCAUAAUAAUCAGUUGCAUGCAGGCAUGGGUAGUGGGGUCUCUUUAACUUUGGGCCUUCACCAGAAUGGGCUGGGCCUGCCGGACUCGUACCCGAUCAAUGCAGCCCGUCGGUUUGGGCUGGACUUGCAGCACGGUGAGGAGUUUGUGGCCCACAACAGGCAGUUUGGGAGGGAGGUCAUGGAUGGGCAGCAGCAGAUCAUGCAUGAUUUUGUUGGCUGA